AUGCGGUGGCGAACGCAUGAGGGAGUACAUAAGGGUAACAAUACUUCCCUUGGCCAGGAGGACCACAUGUUGGGCUCGCAAUCGUACUUCGUCGUGAGAUCAAUGCCUCUGAGCUGCAGCACGACAUCAGAUGGAUCGACCGUGACUUGCCUGGGACGGGUAGCUGAGGAUGCGCCGGCCCGCGAUCCCCAGGAGCUCGGAUCGAGAUUCGCUUCGCGGCACGUUGCCCAUUGGCUGCAUCUUGCCCUCCCGGGACCGGGCCAGGAACAGCGCAGACCCCGAGCUGCCGCAGAUGUGACAGCUUGCCUCGAGCCUUCCUGUGCGGGCCGAUCAAAGACAGAGCCCGACCCUCAGACCAACUUUUGGGGCCGUUAUCCCUGCGUCAUGAAAAGCCGCUUCACGCUUAUGCGCGCCUCCAAGUCUGCAAGGCUGCUGUCGCUGGUGGAAGAGAUGCAAGGAGCGGCACUGUGCUCGAUGCCAGUGUUCGAGAAUGGAUCUGAACUCGACCGGGGGGGAGGGGGCUGUGGCUGA